GAAGAGUACGAGAAGAAGAAACAGAAGAGGUCCACGCAGAAGAUGGCGGAGGCGAGGGCGGAGCUGGUGAUGAGUGUUGACGACGGUCAGUUGGCACACAUGCGAUCCCGCGACCCGAUGGAGAUCUGGCAGGUCCUCGCCGACGUCCACAAGGCGCGUGGCCUGGCGACGCAGCUGGCUAUGAAGCGGCGCUUCCUGACGGCGAAGAAGAGGCCAGAUCAGACGAUUCAGGCCUGGGUUGGA